AUGCCAUAUUCAAUAAGGGGUAGCCGCAUCAUCCUCGAUUACACCACCCCAUUCUGUGCUGAUAUCAUGAAUGCUCCCAAGGAGCCUAAAGUAAAACCACCUGCUAUUGACGCCUAUGAUGGCACGUCUGAUCCUGAUGUACACCUCUUGGCCUAUCGGCAUCAUAUGUAUGUCCAGGGAACUACUGAUGCAACCUGGUGCAAAUACUUCCCGUCCACUCUGAAAGGGGUUGCCUCCAAAUGGUUCGAGAAGUUGCCUGCGGGAACGAUCAACACAUAUGCCGAAUUGGAAAUGUUAUUUUCAGCAAGAUUUAUGGCUUAUAAAGAAGAGAAAAAGACGAGCAUGCAUUUGGGUCGAAUACAGCAAGGAAAAGAUGAAUCUUUGCGAAGCUAUGUUCGACGUUUCAAUUUGGAAUCAGGGCAGAUUCCAGACCUACCUGACGGGGUGGCGUUUGAUAACUUCUUUAGGGGACUUAAGAAGGGGUCCUUUAAGUUCGAUUUGGUGAAGAAAAGUGUGAGAACUAUGGCUGACGCUCUGGAUGAGGCCGAGUCCUUUAUUCAUCCCACUGAAAUCUGCUCCGUCCCCAAAGAGUCUAAGGGAACGGAGGCCACGGAUCAUCCUCAGCGCAAGGAUAAGUCAGACAAAAAGACCAGCCGUCCGAAUGGGACAUGGGCCAUUGAAAAGAAAGGAUAUCAGGCAGACUGCUCCCAGGGACAGAAGAGAGGAAGACCCUAUGACAAAGAAAGGUUUAAAUACAACACUGACCUGUAUACGAUACUGCUAGAUGUCAGUGAUAGGUAUGAGAUUGAUCGACCGUUCCCCAUGAAGUCGCCGGUGGAAACUAGGGAUAGCUCGCUUUACUCCGCUAAAGGGUUCCUGAAAUCCUAUCUCAGCGCAAGCACAGAGGGAAAUGGUAAAAAAUUCUACAAGAAAAGCAAGUCACCGUCAUACCGACGUGAUGACAACGACACUGACCCAGAAAUUGUAGCCGUCAUCUCAGGAGGUCUAGCCGCUGGAGGUCCAACAAUGAGAGGUCAAAAAGACUAUGCGAGCCGGUUGGGACAGGUCAUGUUGUCUGGAAAAGCUCCAAUUGACCAUUUCCCUAAAGUGGAGAUUUGUGAAUCUGACAGAGGCAAGAUCGCCACUCCACAUGACGACCCCUUGGUCAUUGAAUUGAAGGUAGCAAACCUCAAAGUAAGGCGUAUUUUAGUAGAUACGGGGAGUUCGUCAGACAUUAUCAGCACAGCUUGUCUAAGUCGUCUUGAGCAUGAUCCAAAGACAAUUGAAAAGAUACAUUAUCCGAUCAUUGGAUUUGGAGGCGGCAUAAUUCAUCCCCAGGGGAUAAUCACUCUGCCCCUACGAGUUGGAGGCCGGCAUCAAAGUAAGAACUUGAACGUCCGCUUUCUAAUUGUAAAGGACCUCACUACUUACAAUAUCAUACUGGGUCGUCCAACUUUGAAUCAGGCCAAGGCAGUGGUCGUCACUCAUCUUAUGCUCAUGAAGUAUGUUUGUGAUAAAGGUCAGGUCGGCACAAUUCAUGGUGAUCAACAACUAGCAAGAGAUUGUUACCUCACUACGCUAAGUCCCGAGGCUUGGGGGAAAACUGACGAAGCCAGAGCAAGCUCAAAAAGAAAACUAAAUGAGAUGGAGGAGAAAGUCAAGAAAGAGACCUUUACCAUUACCACGGCUCACAUGGAAACUAGGCGCCCUGAGCCGGUUGGUGGAUAUUAUGAAAUCAUCCUUGAUGAAGCCCGUCCAGAUAGGACGGUGCCAGUAGGGGUCUCUCCUAACGACCAGCUUGGGGCACAUUUAGUCACUCUCCUGAGGGAAUUCCAGGACAUUUUUGCUUUUGCUGUGGAGGAGAUGCCAGGCAUUGAUCCAAGCAUAGCUGUCCACAAGCUCAAUGUAGAUGAGUCCUUAAAACCUGUUCGUUAG